AUUCCCUCACACACGCACUUCAGGCACGCGGCCCGCAGUAUGGGAUCGCUAAUGUUUGCCCUCAGUCCCUCCCAGACCCAGAGCAGAGAAUCCAGAGCUCCAGGACUGACAGGGGAGAGGCGUGACUCUCGCAACCCACGAACAGGCACUCUACACCAGCCACCGCUGGAUCUUCAUAACCCUGCUCCAACCAUGCCCACUACCGGAGCCAACGACCCUAAAGGGGAGGAUUUCUCCACAGCUAUCCUGAAGCAGAAGAGCAGGCCUAACAGGCUCAUAGUAGAUGAAGCCACCAAUGAGGACAACAGCAUUGUGUGUCUGUCCCAGGCCAAGAUGGAGGAGCUGCAGCUGUUCCGUGGUGACACGGUAGUGCUGCGCGGACGUAAGCGUCGCCAAACCGUCUGCAUCGCCCUGACGGACACCACCUGCAUCGACGAGCGCGUGCGCAUGAACCGCGUCACACGCAACAACCUGCGUGUGCGCCUCGGUGAUGUUGUCAGUAUCCAUGCCUGUCCCGACGUUAAGUAUGGGAAACGCAUACACGUCCUGCCCAUUGAUGACACCAUCGAAGGCUUGACCGGGAACCUGUUUGAGGUCUUCCUCAAGCCUUACUUCCUGGAGGCUUACCGCCCUGUGCACAAAGGUGAUAUCUUCCUGGUUAGAGGAGGUAUGAGAGCAGUGGAGUUCAAGGUAGUAGAGACAGACCCCACACCUCACUGCAUUGUUGCCCCAGAUACCAUCAUCCAUUGUGAGGGCGAGCCCAUCAAACGAGAGGAUGAAGAGGCAAGUCUGAAUGACAUCGGCUACGACGACAUUGGCGGUUGCCGCAAGCAGCUGGCACAGAUCAAGGAGAUGGUGGAGCUUCCGCUUCGUCACCCGGGCCUGUUCAAAGCCAUCGGAGUAAAGCCACCGCGAGGAAUUCUGCUCUACGGCCCUGCUGGGACAGGCAAGACUCUAGUGGCCCGAGCUGUUGCUAAUGAAACAGGAGCAUUCUUCUUCCUUAUCAACGGACCGGAGAUCAUGAGUAAACUGGCGGGAGAGUCGGAGAGCAACCUGAGGAAGGCAUUUGAGGAGGCAGAGAAAAAUGCCCCAGCCAUUAUCUUCAUUGACGAGCUGGACGCCAUCGCACCAAAGAGAGAGAAAACCCAUGGUGAGGUGGAGCGGCGAAUUGUCUCCCAGCUGCUCACCCUGAUGGACGGCUUGAAACAACGCGUCCAUGUCGUCGUCAUGGCAGCCACUAACAGACCCAACAGUGUGGACUCUGCCUUGCGCAGAUUUGGUCGGUUUGAUCGUGAAAUUGAUAUUGGCAUCCCUGACUCUACGGGACGGUUGGAGAUUCUGCAGAUUCACACCAAGAACAUGAAACUGGCUGAUGAUGUGGACUUGGAACGGAUUGCCACGGACACGCAUGGCCAUGUAGGUGCAGAUCUGGCAGCUCUGUGCUCAGAGGCAGCUCUGCAGGCGAUUCGGAAGAAGAUGACCCUGAUCGACCUGGAGGACGACACCAUUGAUGCAGAUCUCCUCAACUCUCUGGCAGUUACUAUGGAUGACUUCAGGUGGGCUCUUAGUCAGAGUAAUCCAUCUGCUCUAAGGGAGACAGUAGUGGAGGUCCCCCAGGUCAACUGGGAGGACAUUGGAGGCUUGGAUGACGUCAAGAGAGAACUACAGGAACUCGUCCAGUAUCCAGUGGAGUACCCGGAUAAGUUCCUGAAGUUCGGCAUGACUCCAUCCAGAGGGGUGCUGUUCUACGGGCCUCCGGGUUGUGGCAAAACCUUGCUGGCUAAAGCAAUUGCCAAUGAGUGCCAGGCCAACUUUGUGUCCAUUAAAGGCCCAGAGCUACUCACUAUGUGGUUUGGAGAAUCUGAGGCCAACGUCAGAGAUGUGUUUGAUAAGGCACGUCAGGCUGCUCCAUGCAUCCUCUUUUUUGACGAGUUGGACUCCAUUGCGAAAUCACGAGGGGGCGGAGCUGGGGAUGCAGGGGGCGCGGCUGACAGGGUCAUCAAUCAGAUCCUUACUGAGAUGGAUGGUAUGACCAACAAGAAGAACGUCUUCAUCAUCGGUGCCACCAACAGGCCUGAUAUCAUCGAUUCUGCAAUCCUGCGGCCAGGCCGGCUUGAUCAGCUGAUCUAUAUCCCUCUGCCAGACAUGCCCUCUCGUACGGCCAUCCUCCGAGCCAACCUGCGCAAGUCACCUGUGGCUAAAGAUGUGGACCUGCCGUAUCUGUCGCGGAUCACGGAGGGCUUCUCUGGGGCAGACCUGACAGAGAUCUGCCAGAGGGCCUGUAAGCUGGCCAUCAGAGAGGCCAUUGAGGCUGAGAUACGUGCUGAGAGAGAACGACAGAGCAGGAAAGGACCCGCCAUGGAUGAUGAUUUUGACCCGGUGCCUGAGAUCAGGAAGGACCACUUUGAGGAGGCCAUGCGCUUUGCUCGUCGCUCUGUGAGUGACAAUGACAUCCGCAAAUAUGAGAUGUUUGCUCAGACGCUACAGCAGAGCCGUGGCUUCGGCAACUUCAGGUUUCCCUCAAGUUCACAGUCAGGUGGUAGUCAGGGGUCUGGCCAAGGGUCUGGGGGUCUUUACAGAGACAACGGGGAUGAUGACCUCUACCAGUAGCUGGGGCUCGGUCUUGGCUACACCAUGUGCCUCAGGAAUCAAGAGAAUCAAUCCCUGAUGGAUUACACCAUUAAUAAAGCUUACAUGGCGUUCAGUGUUUGAGCUGUAAGGCCAUGCUCCUACUGCAGUGUUUCACUGGUUUGUUGUUCCUGAAAAAUCUGUCUGUGAAACAUAUUUUGUAAAAUGCAAAUCUUUAUCGCACUUUUCACACUGGUAAGAAUAUUAAUACUGAAAUAACCAGAUUUGUAGUGUAUGUAUCUGUAGUGUUGUCAGAUAUUGCUUGACUUAAUUAAGAAUGACUGCUUUUAAUAUUUGAUAACACUUUAGUGACUGCCUGUUAUGUUGCUAUUUUUGUACUGUGCAUGCUAGAAGCAGACUGUAAAAUAUAAAAUAAAACAUUUGCAACUAA